AUGGUUUUCUGGUUUGUGUUUCUCAUGCUUAUUGGUUUGGAGACAACCACAACAGCACAUUCAAUUGGAGUAUGUUAUGGAAGAGUGGCUAACAAUUUACCACCUGCGGAUGAAGUUAUAGAUCUUUUCCAAUCCAGUGGUAUUGGAAGAAUGAGAAUAUAUGAUCCUGAUCAUGCAACUUUACAAGCCCUAAGAGGCUCCAACAUAGAACUUGUCAUCGGGACCCGUAACGAAGACAUUAAAUCGAUCGCCAAGAGCGUUUCCGUCGCUACUGAAUGGAUUCAAAUCAAUAUACUAAAGUACUCUCAAGAUGUCAAAUUCAGAUACAUUGUGGUCGGGAACGAGAUAGAUCCUACUAACGACGAGACAUCGAAUUUUGUUCUUUUUGCAAUGCAGAAUAUUUAUACAGCCCUCACAUCUUCAAACCUACAUAAUAAAAUCAAGGUUUCAACCGCGAUACAAUUGAACUUGCUGGGAAGUUCCUAUCCUCCAUCUUCAGGAGCAUUUGGUAAAUCUGCAACUCCGUAUAUAACUCCUAUAGUUAAAUUUCUUGUGGAUACCAAAGCACCACUUCUUGCAAAUGUGUACACUUAUUUCAGCUACAUAAGCGAUCCAACUAGUAUCGACAUAUCAUAUGCUUUAUUCACUUCUCAAACUGUUCUAAGAGAUGGAAGUAUUGAGUAUCAAAAUCUAUUUGAUGCAACAUUAGGGGCAAUUUAUGCCGCACUUAAGAAAGUUGGUGGUGCUAAUUUGGAAGUAGUUGUAUCAGAAAGUGGAUGGCCUUCAGAUGGUGGUGUUGCUGCAACAGCUGAGAAUGCACAAACUUACUAUGAGAAUUUGAUUAAGCAUGUGUCUAAAGGGAAUCCUGCUAGACCUAAUCAACCAUUAGAGACUUAUUUAUUUGCCAUGUUUGAUGAAAAUCAGAAAGGGCCAGCUGCAACUGAAAGACAUUUUGGUUUGUUCAGUCCUGAUAAACAAAUUAAGUAUCAAAUUAGUGAAUUACUUAAGUCUGAUAUUGAUCCUUCUACUUCUGGAAGAUCCUCUUUUAGUAGGUGGAGCAAAGGAUCAUUAGAUUGUGAUAUUGUAAUAGCCUUUAAAUUAGAUUUAAUCGAAGAGGACACUUUGUUAGAGAAUGAUUUGUUGUUGGAUAAUGAGGGUAUUAUGGAUAAGAGAAGGGAGGAUACUGCUAGAUUUUGGUUGAAUUUUAGAAUCAAGGAGAACAUGCUUAUUCAAAAAUCGAGACAAUUUCUAGAUGAUGUUAUAGUUGCCAAAGAACUUGUGGAUUUCACAACUAAGGAAAAGAAGGAAUGUUUACUCUUUAAGGUGGAUUUUGAGAAGGCUUAUGACAAUUUUAGUUGGAAUUUGUUAAGAAUCAUGCUUCACAAAUUUGAUUUCGAGGAUUUAUGGAUGAAGUGGAACAACAUGUCGAUUUUGGUAAACGGUAGUCCUACCAAGGAGUUUUUGGUUGAGAAAGGGUUGAGACAAGGAGAUAUGUUAUCUCCUUUUCUUUUCAUUAUUAUGGCGGAAGCAUUGCCUAUUCUUGUUAAGAGGUCUAUGGAGUUUGGAGAUUUUGUAGGGAUCAACAUUAACAAAAAAUUGCGGCAUUGA